AUCAAGAAAUCUUGGGUUUUGUCUCCUUUCCUUUCAUUCACCCAAAUCAGGUUUAUCCAAAAGAAGUUGAGUGUGUCCCUGGAGGUGGCCUCGGUAGGGGAGGGCGGCGGCCCCCUGGAGGUCAGUGUGACUGUGACACGGUGGAGCAGGUGAAGGAGAAGAUUCUCAGGGUCUUCAAGAGCAAGUUCGGCUUCCCCUACAGCGGCCAGCUCAAGGACAUCGACACCAGCACACCCUGCGGCUCUCCAGGACCAGGAUGUAUGAGAAAGGAGCCCAGCUGUCUCCUGCUACAGGAAGUAGAUAGCAGUUAUGCGGUCCUGGGGGCAGUUACCAUGCUGAACACACUGAGGCACUACAAGAUUCCUGAUAGAGCCUCUGUCAAAGUCAUCACAAAAGAAGGCCACACCCCUCUGACCACACAAGCCAGUUUGAAGGAUGACAAGAACUACUCCAUUAAGUACUUCCACUUGGUUGAUCCUGAUAUUGGCGACCAGAGCGGAAACCCAGAGAGGAAGAAGCUGAAGCUCAAAGAGGACUAUCUGAGAAAACUACUGUCCACAAAGGUGGCCGUGCAUUCCUAUGGCUCGCCAGACAGAACCUUCUGUUCUGCUAUUUUAACUAUUUCAACCUGUUACUUCCAGCAUUCACCCACCAAUAAACUCCUCUACGCCAAAGACAUCCCCCAGUACAAGCAGGAGGUGAAGGACUUCUACAGGCAAUCAUCAGCAGCGAAGGAGGACUGA